GGCUGGGCGAGCUUCCCGCUGCCGGCCCCAGCUGCUGGCCUCUGGUGCCGGCCCCGGCUUCCCGCGGCGGCUUCCCUCGCUCUCUCAUCAUGGAUGAGCAGAGGGAGACUCUGCAAAGGAUUGUUUCUACUCUAGCGAACAAAAAUGAUGAAAUUCACAACUUCAUUGACAUGCUGAACCACACAAUAAGAAAUGUUCAGGUAAACUCUUCUAAUGCAAUCAGUGAGUUGGAUGAAGAAUUUGAUGGUCUGUAUUCUAUAUUGGAUGAAAUGAAGGGGAGCAUGUCCAGCACUAUUCAACAAGAGGAAGCUCGUAAAAUUCAAGCUUUACAGGAUCAGCUUAGUCAGUGUAGUAAUGCCCUAGAGAGUUCUGAAGAGCUACUGGAGCUUGCUGCACAGUCGCUGGACAUAAAGGAUCCUGUGGAAUUCUUAAAGGCUGCCAGACAGAUCAAAGAUAGAGUCACAAUGGCUUCAGCGUUUCGCAUCUCUCUGAAACCAAAGGUCAGUGAUAGCAUGACACAUUUGAUGGUGGACUUCGCUCUGGAAAGGCGCAUGCUCCAGGCUGUGAAGUUUUUGCCAGUCCCUAAAGCUCCAGAGAUAGAACUAGCAGCAUGUCUGGUUGCUGAUAACUGCAUUACAGUAUCAUGGAGAAUGCCUGAAGAAGACAGCAGAAUUGAUCAUUUUGUACUGGAAUAUAGGAAAACUAACUUUGAUGGGCUUCCACGAGUGAAAGAUGAACAACGCUGGGAACUGAUAGACUAUAUUAAGGCAACUGAAUAUACGUUAUCAGGUCUGAAAUUUGAUACGAAAUACAUGAACUUUAGAGUACAAGCCUGCAACAAAGCUGUGGCAGGGGAGUACUCUGAUCCUGUCACUCUGGAAACCAAAGCAUUUGUGUUCAGUUUGGACAGUACUUCAUCUCAUCUGAACUUGAAAGUUGAAGAUACCUAUGUUGAAUGGGAUCCUACUGGAGGCAAAGGUCAAGAAAAAAUGAAAGGGAAGGAAAAUAAAAGUGGCCAGAAUCUUCUGCUGAAGAGCAAUAGAAGAAGUGGUGCACCAUCUCCAAAGAGGACAUCUGUUAGCACAAGAUCCUCAGUGCGUAGCAGCAGAGAUCAUUUUACUGGUGAAUCGUACACAGUGUUGGGAGACACUGCUAUUGAAAGUGGACAGCAUUACUGGGAGGUGAGAGCCCAGAAGGACUGCAAAUCCUACAGCGUGGGAGUAACGUAUAGAAACCUGGGGAAAUUUGACCAGCUGGGAAAGACUAAUUCAAGUUGGUGCAUCCAUAUCAACAACUGGCUGCAAACUACAUUUUCAGCAAAGCAUAAUAAUAAAACAAAGACUCUAGAUAUACCUGUUCCUGACAGAAUAGGAGUAUACUGCGACUUUGAUGGAGGUCAACUUGCAUUUUAUAAUGCAAAUUCAAAGGAGCUGCUACACACCUUCAGAACAAAGUUUACCCAGCCAUUAUUGCCAGGCUUCAUGCAUGUUUUACAGAGUGCUGUAACUGGAGAGCAAGAGAAGACAAAUGGAGCUGCAGGACAAGUUUUGUUAGAUCUGGUGUGGUGGGCUUACAGUGAGUACUGGAUUGCAGGUGCCAAGUGCUGUGAAAACACUCCAGAGAAGUGAAAAUGGAUUGAGUGGUUCAACAAGCAGCUUAAACAAUAUUGCCCAGUAAUAUCUAUUGAACACUUCUAUUUUGUGAAAGGUUUUUUUCUGUGUAGCUGCUAAUUCACAGAUGCUUGUGAGCAUUCAGUUAAACUGGGUUUGCUACCUGCUGCUGUUUUAGACCUGGGUAUUGACAGUGCAAAGGUUUGGUGCUGAAGUGUUAGCAACUUAAUGUGAAUCCAGACAGAAAUAUCAGUCAGAAUACUGAACUGUUGCCUACUUGAAAAAUAAGUGGAUGAAUCAAGAACUGUAGCUAUAUAACUUUCUAAUACGGUAUUUAAACAUUUUGUUAUGGACUUGAGUAUUAAUUUUGUUAUUUUUCUAUGGAGAAUAUAACAAAUCCACUUUCUUAGAUCUCCUAAUAUGAAUUACUUGACUGUGUAUUUUAUUAUUACUGAGCUUCACAUUAGAACUUGUGAUACCAAACAUCCUGUCAAAAGAAUUGAUUUGCUAGCCUAGCCUGGCAAAAUAGCAGGAUCAUUUCAAAAAGCGAAAUAUCAUACAAAGUUGUAGGCUUGCUAUGAAAAAAACACAGUAAAAACAGUCUGAUUAUUUUUUCAGAAUGCUCCUAUUUCCCAUUAGUAACACAUUUAAAUAUCACAUAUUUAGAGUUCAGAACCUAUUUAUCACAAAUUAUGGCAAAGUGUAAAGAUUUAAAGGUAUUAGAAAACUUUGUUAUCUCUCAGUGAAGGCUCAGCAUGCUAGUGUGGCAUUGAGCUAGGAAGUAUUUCAGCUAAGAGGUUCAGACCCACUGCUCCAAAGCUUUUUAAAACUGAGCAUGGUACUGCUCUUUCAGAAGCUCUUAAUUUUGGGUCAUUUCUUGGCUUUGCAGUCUUGUGACAUGACUCCAGUUGAAUUCUAAUAAUGACCAAUUCACAUUGUCAGCUGUCAAUGACAAACUGAAUAUUUGUCUGCCACUAGCAAAGCUGCAAUGCAGCUGAGGCUGGGAACAAAGGCAAGAGCGCUUCAGUUGAAAUGUCUCUCCCUAGAGAUGUUGGGGGUGCAAAUGAGGUGCUGCUGAAACAUAUUCUGGCUUUUCCUCAAGCCAUCUUCAAGGCUGCUGGUAGGGCAGUACUCUCUGAGACCAAGUACACAUUUUUGCUGUUUUGACUGGCCUAGUGAGAAUUACUGGAUUACCGGAGAAGUAAAAAAAUUUCAUGAUUUCCUUAUCCAGCAGAAAUGUAGCAUCUACAGAGAGCAUUCCAGUUUGUGCCAUGUAUGAUGUAAUAUGUGGCUGUGAGCCUGCCUUUCAGAAGAUCAUAUUCUUCCCCUUUUUUAAGGGCAGGGCAAAUGUGGAAACUGAGCAAAUGCUUUGCCAGCUAGCAUGCAUCUGCCAGAUCCAGAAGCAGAUCAUAUGUUUGCAUUCACAAAUGAACUGAAAUGGUGAGCCUGGGUGUACCUUAUCUCUGUUCUUAGUUGGAAGCUUUGUAACAAUAGUCCAAUGAUUCCCAAUACUGGGAGAGCUAAAAUAGACACGUUAUAUUCUUCAUGGAAAACAACCAAUUUUGGUGAGAAUUAUGUAUUGCAGACUGUUUAAGUCUGCUUUCAUCCCUCUAAUCAAGUCCAGGAGCCCAGAAAUAAUUUCAGAUACACUUGAAUCAACUGUUUCCUAACUGAAGAUUCCUUUCCCAAGUAUCACCUGAACCACCACCUGUGACCUGAGAUAGAUUAUAAGGUCCUGCACUGGCAAGGCGGUUGGAAUCAAUGAUCUCUUUGGGUCCUUUCCAACCGUGAACAUCCUGUGAAAACUUUCAAAUUCAUGCUGAUAGUCUGUAAUGAAUUGGCCCUUUCCCUGCAUUUUCUUCUGUGUAUCUUUUAGACUGUAAAAAAAUAUGGCCAUCUAAUCAUGUUAAAUCUUGUGAAUAUCAGUGGGUGCUUUGCAUCUGUCAAGAUUUCUCAAGAGGAGGAAAAAUUCCUUGAAAACUUGUAAAAAAAUGGUUUUGUUCAGAGGGAAACUUUCAUUUUUCUUUUUAAUACAUGUUGUAGAAAGUUUUAUUUCUCUUGAGAAAUCAUGAAGUUGACAUGAUGGUUGAGUCUUUAAUGUUUAUUUUGUAUCUGAAAUGUAAGCAUCUCAAAAUAUUUGUAUUAUGAACAAAAUUAUAUGUAAUCUCUUGCAGAGGGAAGUGCAAAACUAUACCUACUGUAGCUUUACCUUCCUCUGCCAGUUUCGUGUCUUGGAUCUUGAAAUGAAGGUACUGGGAGGUGAUGUGGUUCUUAAAAGAACAAUGUCUGAAUCUGUUACGCUGUCUACAGAGGUCGUUAUUAAUCAAAUAGUCGGUGUAGUGGUUUUGAGUAUUUCUUUUUACUGCAAUGAAUACCUGGCUAGAAAUUUUAAGUGCUCAAUUGCAAUGAAUUCAGUGGUCUGUGAUGGAGUGGGAUUUGCAUACUUGGACUCUGGCGGUGUUCAUGGAGAUGAGGAUUAAGAUGGUUGGUUCUUGCUUUGAGACUUCUGUUGAACAACCAUGCUUAAUAGGCAUCAAAAUAGCUUAGUAACUGUUCAUGCUGCCCAGUCAUUGGGUGUUCAGCUACAGUUCCUGUUUAAAUUUCCCUUUGUGGAAAGAAUGGGAACGUUUACAGUAAGUUUAUGUGUGGUGAAAAAGAACCACGAGUAAUUUCAAACCCUACAUAGUACCAUAGAAAUUAUGAAGGUUAUGGGGGUGUUUGGUUGGUUGGGUGUAUUUCUUUUUUAUAGCAAGAUGUAGUGCAGCCUGCAAGGUAAAUUUGAUAUGCAAUAUGUAGUAUUUCUUUAACACUUAGAAGAGAGGUUGAAGUACAUCAUACCGUGAUGUUUUAGUUUAACUGAUGUCCUAGACGAACAUAAUGUUUUUUACCCCUCAAGGAUGAAUUUGUUAUAUAAUAGUUUGCACAGAUGUCAGAUUUUUGCUGCUAACAGCUAGUCUGAUUGUUGGUUUUGGUUGUUUUCUUUUGGUUUUUUUUUUUUUUUUUAGUAAAUGGGGAUAUGAAGAAUUGCCUUAAGCACUUUAGUCUAUCUUUUUUAGACUUACUUUCUGAGCUAGUGUCUGUCCACUACCAGUGUAUUGGUGAUAUUUUGUUGCAGUUGGUGCACUGUUUGUACCUGCAGCUCGGGAGGGAUGCAUGCAGCCUGUGAAGUUACUUUUUCCUAGGGGAAUUUGCUUCAGGGACUGGUGGGCUUGUCCUUUGGUGAGGAAUCAGACUUUUUGAAGGUCUGUAGUUUUGCCCUGUCGUUAUCACUAAGUGUAAUAUGCCUGGUGACAUUAGUACUCCCUGAGCUUCUCAUCUCUAGAGUUGAUGCUGUUUAGUGGCUAGACAGUUUUCUCUUUUUAAUACAGAUUACUGUUAGCUUUUAAGAGUGAAAAUAACUUUAUAAUAACUUGUGAGGAACUGAAGGUUCCCUUGAGUUCCUCAUACAUCAAUGAAAGCCACAUAUUUGUGUUUUUAUGGAAAGCUGAAUGAACUGCAUUAAGAGAUAUUAAUGGAUCGGAAUGGAUGUUUUAAAAGCAUCCACGUGAUAGGUAGUUCACCAAAUACCAAAUAUGGAUGGCAGAGGUUGACAGGUUUAUUGCUUUAGCCGUCCUCUAAGCAGAAAAGAGGCUAACCUACAGAUCCGGUUUCCUCCCCCUUGCACUUGUCUCAUUACUAUCACUGCAUAUUAAGACUGGGGAAAUGAACUGGUUCCCUCAGGAAGAACAUCUGACUUUUCGAUGUUUCAGUCAGGUAAGACUCACAGGUUGUGAACUUGACGCAUAGUUAGGCAAUGAGUUCUUCUGAUCAUUGCUGCCCGCUGCCCCGCCUCACUGAACUCAAAUAGCCUGAGUGCCCUGUUGGAAGGGGAAGCCUGGACGUGAUUCUCCCUCACCGUCUCGACGCCAGGCCGAGCUGAGGUGCUGCUCCAUCGCCUGGUGCCUCCAUGCAUCGUUCUGCCGCGACCGCCCGCAUAGCGACGUCUCGCAGUGAGCAGCUGACGCGGCCUUAACCGAGCGUGGCCUGGCCCUACCUCAGGAAUUCUCUCGCCAGCGCUUCACCCCUCGCCCCUGCGGAGAGCGCCCUGGGGAAGAAAGCGUCUCGCUGGUCCACACUGAGGGGCAGGGGUGCCUUAGAGCCUGCGGCGCAUUUUGAGGUCUUUGACUUGUGUGUGAUGCGAGCUUUUUGUAUUAAUACAAAAAUCUGAAACCUGA